CUUGACGUCACAUCCUGAGGAAAGCUUUGCCUUCUACUUUUUGUUGGGACCUGAGAGAAAAUUAUCUCGCAAAGGUAACGAGGUGGGGGGGGGAAGAAGAAAGAGAAACAAGUUACAAACCAUGGAAAUGUACGAGAUUGCUGUUUAGUCGUCUACAAUGCAAGCGGACGUGCUUUCACCGUGAAUUCAUACGAAGAGGUUUUUGUGUGGUAGUGUAACUCUCCCCCAUCAUGCUGAGUUUCCUGCGCAGGACGCUGGGACGACGCUCCAUCCGAAAACAUGCAGAGAAAACUCGGUUACGUGAGGCCCAGCGUGCCACGACGCACAUCCCUGCUGCUGGGGAUGCAAAGUCUAUCAUCACCUGCCGCGUAUCCUUACUGGACGGGACAGACGUCAGCGUUGACCUGCCGAAAAAAGCCAAAGGUGAGGAGCUGUUUGACCAGAUCAUGUACCAUCUGGACAUCGUAGAGAAAGACUACUUCGGACUGCGCUUUAUGGACUCAGCACAAGUGCCGCACUGGCUUGAUGUCACAAAAAGUAUCAAAAAGCAAGUGAAAAUUGGCCCACCAUACUGUCUUCACUUGAGAGUUAAGUUUUACUCCUCCGAACCGAACAAUCUGCACGAGGAGCUUACCAGAUACCUAUUUGUGUUACAGUUAAAGCAAGACAUCCUCAGUGGCAAGCUAGAAUGUCCAUUUGACACGGCGGUGGAGUUGGCUGCCUUUUCGAUACAGGCUGAACUAGGGGAUUGUGACCCAUUAGAGCAUAAUCUGGAACUGGUAUCAGAAUUUCGCUUUGCACCCAACCAAACAGAGGACAUGGAGCUAGCGAUAUACAACAAAUGGAAGGAAUGCAGAGGUCAGAUGCCAUCCCAAGCGGAAAUUAAUUACCUGAAUAAAGCCAAGUGGCUAGAAAUGUAUGGGGUGGACAUGCAUAUGGUCAAGGCAAGAGAUGGUAAUGAGUACAGUCUGGGGUUGACACCAACUGGAGUUUUAGUGUUUGAAGGAGAAACCAAGAUAGGGCUCUUCUUCUGGCCCAAGAUCACUUGUCUGGAUUUCAAGAAGAGCAAACUGACGCUUGUGGUAGUGGAGGAUGAUGACCAGGGCAAAGAACAGGAGCACACUUUUGUCUUCAGGAUGGACCACCCCAAGGCCUGUAAGCACCUCUGGAAGUGUGCUGUGGAACACCAUGCUUUCUUUAGGCUGAGAGGGCCGGUACAUAAGAACUCUGCACGCUCUGGAUUCAUACGCAUGGGAUCACGCUUCAGAUACAGUGGAAAGACAGAGUAUCAGACAACCAAGGCCAAUAAGGCAAGGCGUUCAUCUUCCUUUGAGAGAAGGCCCAGUCGACGUUACUCCAGAAGAACAAUGCUGAACCGAGGAACAUUCCAUCCCCAGGAUGUUCUUUCCUCGGGCAAUGGAGUUAGCUCUAGCAAAGGCAACAAGGCUUCUCCCAGUAGAGGUGCCUGGUCAGCUGUGCCUGUGGUCAACCCAGUAGCUGCUUCUGCCUGUGCACCGAUGGAAAUUGAGGCUCUACCCAGGAGUCCUGGAGGAGAAAAGAGAAGUCUGCCCAUGGCUGUUGACCUGAUAGAGACGUGCAUUGAUGAUGUCCUCAGGGCUCCUGUCGUUCCCACAGCGGCAGCUACAGACGAGUCUGGACCAAGCAACGCCUUUGCUACCCCCAGUGUCAGUGGGGAAGAUGUUCUCGGCCUCGCUGAAGCAGCAGCUCGUCUGAAGCAGCUGGAGUUGGAGAGCAGUCCGCUUCUUGGUACUCCAAAAAAUAACAUCAAUGUCAAUAUGGUAAUGAAUAAUCAGGAAGAUGUUGUGAAGCUCACAGAGAAGUGUGGUCUGAGCAAUACAGGCAGUAGUCCAGUUGUCACUCCACUGUGCACUCCAGAGGAUCUGAAGAGUAACAUCCUGAAAGCACAAGCCGAGGCUGCUGCCCUCAAGGGAUCUUUGGAGGAACACGUAAUUGUCGGAGAUAAGAACUGUAACUUGCAGGAGGCCUCUGCCAGGUUGAAGGUGCGUACUGGGCGAAUGGGCAGUAACUCUUCUCUGUCCGUUAGUGGUCGCUCUGACAUUCAAGACUCCCGGGACCUGCUCAAGCCAGCCUCACUGGUCUCAUCAGCAGGGGCAAGUGUUGAGAGGCUAGCUGAGGAUGGGAACCUCUCUGUUCCCAAGAUGCCCUCUGAGUCUGCCAGCGAAAACAUGGCACCAAAGGUUAAAGCAGAGGAAGUUGACCUGCCAAACACCGCCCCACUGUCUGACAACUUGAUUGAUUUCACCGAUCCCACUCCUAUGCUACCACCAGUGCCCAAACCUCUUAUCACCCCUCGCUGGAUCAUUCCUACAACUGCUCCUCCUGGCGUCUUUACUAACGGCGUGCUCGACUUUGACCCCCCCGCUAAGGUCCACCCUCUUCUCCCUGCAGAUGGGGGAGCAGCUCUUACCCCAGUCCUCCCCCACCUCGCUCACACACGUAACAUGAUCUCUGCCAGCACUGUGGGUCAGCAGCCAGCCUCAGAGGAUGGAGCCAAACCCAGAGGUCUCCUGACCACUGAGCUCUGAUGGAGAAAUGAGGAGAAGACCAUCGCAACAUUAAAAUCCCUGAUCGCUUCCCCACCUCACCCCCCUCACCCAUCCACACACAAGCAAGCUGGGCCAGGUGUGCUGAACACUGAGGGCUAAGAGGAAAGUGGAACCAGGGAAGAGGCAGCUUACAAACACCACAAACUUAAUUUCACUGACUAACUGAGUGAACAAACAGAACUAAGUACACAGGAAAAUAUUAGAAAUAUGAUUUCAGUUUUUCACAACAUGACACAAUGCCUAGUUUUUGUAGGUCGGUUAAAACAAAAGUUUAGCUCCAGUAUUACCUUCUUAAGAACACCUAACUUGUGAAUCUCCUGUACGAGUUCACUGUCGGUGACCUGCAAUUUACUUAAUCCAUCCAGUCGACCAAACCUCAGUCUCUCAUAACACUAUCUCCUUGUAGAUGACAAGUGAUGAAAGAUCUUGUUAUUCAACUUGUUUGCUACAAAGGUCAAGUUGGGACUGACACAAGAGAAUCUCAUGACACUGUACGUUAAGUUGCAUCAAAGCAUAAGGCUUUGACUGCGAGAGUAGGUUGUCUCUUUUGUUGUUGUGCUGAUUUCCUCCCUUAUUUUUGAAUCUUGCUGUUUUAUUACUGGUUAUUCACACCACUGGAUCUUUGCUACGCUGAGCUUUUGUGUAAACGCACACAUCGCACAGCAUGUAGAGCUGAAGUACACUGGAUGAAGGACUAAAAAGAAAAACCUAUAAAAAAGAACGAUUGUGACUAAAAAUGUUGAUUCUAAGAGAUAAUAAGCCUUGGGCUCCUAACAUGAUGAAACAUGGAUAUGAUACUGUACUGUCCUUGUGGCACACUACAAACCCUAGUUCACAUCACUACUACAUGCCAAAGUCGUCUGUUGGCAGCCACUGGAUAUGAAAACUUUACUGGAUGAGUUUUUGCAACACUGGACUUUGAAAUCUUAUUUUAUUUCUUUUGCAAUGGAUGACAAUAGAGAUGACUACAUUGGUUUUUAUUUAACUAAUGUUUUCAUUGUCCUGCUCUUACUUUUUCGGUUUUAAUAUUUUGAGAGAAAGCUGACUACACAAUGAUACAGUUGAAGUUUUACCUUUUUUGUCUAAUAUGUGAUCCUAUGUUUUUAUUUGACGUCACUGCCUCUACCUGUGACAAUUUCCCAUUCACACUACUUGUAUCUUCUACUGUAUAUUGGCUAGGUAAAUGCAAAAGGCGGCGGAAUUCCUGUUAAAACCUUUUAACUUCACUAUGAUCCCUGGAGGUGGACACUGUGUCCAGUUUUUUGAGUACAUAUACUGUUUUCACAAAACCAGUUUUAAAUGUUGAUACAAUACUAGUAUAAAGAAACAAGGCAACAGGAUCAUUAUUUUUUGUUAUUAACAACAUGCACACAGUGCUGUUACAGAAAAAGUCACUAAACACAUACCAACACAUUUGUAAAAAUGUAAAACGUUUUUAACACUUUUUAAAUGUGUUCACUACCUUGCAGGCCUACACAUUCUAUGUCAUUAUUGCUUUUAGUAUUUUUUUUAUGCUUCACCUGUUUGUUGCUGGAGAGAAUACAGUAACAGCCACAGGUUGAGGACCAGUUUAUUUUCUUUACCGUUGUCUCAUCGGUGCAGCCUUGUGCUGAAAAUCUCACUGCUGAUCUGUCUUCUUUUUUUUAAUAUAUAUAUAUAGCUUUGGUACUUUCAAUGCUGUCAAAGGUAUAAUUUACAGAGAUUGUAGCGUUUUAAACACGUAUGAAAGUAUCAACACUUUUGACAACUUUGUAUUACUUAACUGGAUGUCUGAAUUCAUUUUAGACAGUAGACCUUGUUAUACAGUAGAACAUGGCAUCUGGUAAUAACGUGCUGCAGUUACUACCCUGCCUUGUAGAAAUGAAUGUAUUCAAAUAGUCUCAUCUGAGAAUGCUGGCGAUGCCACAGAAUAAAAAGAUGCACAACGUGUUACAUUCUCAAUUGCCGUUAUAGUUUUAACUGGAGGAAAACCUGUGAAAUAUCUUAAAAUCAGAUUUUAUACAAUUGAGGCCUAAUUCUACAUUUUAUUUUUGAGUUAUUAAUUAAUUACCCCACCCAACUUAAGUCUGGACCCUCAUUCAAGUUAUGUCUUUGUUUGUUUUUUCAUUAUGAUGGUGAUUCCAUUCUUGAGCAAGGGAAGCUGUUUUACAAUGUUGUCUUAGCAGUGACAGUUAUUUAUGCUACUACUCAUUGUAAUUGUUCAAAUAUUACAUGUUGUCCAAAAGUGUUAUAGCGUACAGUUAUGAUGUAUUGUCAGUAUAAUGGCAUCAGCUGGCUGUAGAUAUGAAGUAGAUUUAUAUACUGUAUAUUUUUUUUUUUUAAAUCCUGUUGGCAGUAUUGUUACUACACACUGAGAAGAUUUCUGCACUGAGGUGUCUUCUAAUUACAAAAGAAGUAGGAAACUGACUGAGAGAUUGUGACGUCUCAAAUGCAAUUUUAUAUCAACUUUUUUUUUCUGAAAUACCGGAUCCUGAUUCAGUAAAGCUUUGCUACAGUAG